AUGGCUAGCCGGAGUAGGCUUCUCAGUUGUGUGUAUGGUUUUUAUAUUGCCAUGCAUCCGUGGCUGAAGGAAUCGGGGUAUGUAAAGGUGGGCUACACAGCAAACCUUUCUUGCCGACUUGAAAUGGCUUCGUUUACGACGUGUUUCACUCCUGAGUGGUCAUAUUUUGCUGUUUUUGAGUUGGAGAGCAUCAAGGAAGCUUUUCUUUUGGAACAAGCAGUGCUUUUUCUCUUUAAGGAUAGACGUGUUUCUCAGCGUGAAUUGAUUCAGGGGCAUGCUAUGGAUGUCGUAGAUGGGGCGCGGCGUGUUUGUGCCGCGUUGAACCUCAACGCAAUAGUUAAUAUGGAGCCAAACUACAACUUGAGUGAAAGAAUUGUUUGUGAUAAGAGUGGAAAAGUGUCUUUUUUUGAUGCCCCCCCGACACGUGAUGCUCUAAAAUCAACAACUCUUGGGAAGUACAUUGAACUACUAGAGAAACUACGUCAGUCUAUACAUGCGUGUUCGGUAUGUGAUAAUGUAACUGUGGAGGGGGGAGAGACCUUUGAUGACAAUGAGGAGGAUGUGGAAUACAACUUUGACAUUUUGGAGUCAUGUAAAGAGGAAUCUUUUUCUUUAACCGCACUUCGCCCAUAUCAGCAAGAAGCCGUCGCACGGUGUAAUGAGGAACUUGAGAGUAGUGGUGUCGCCAUCUGCCAAAUGGCCUGCAGAUGUGGGAAGACUCCCGUUGCAUUUAAACUCAUAGAGCAUUGUUUACAGCGAAAACAAGAUGCAAAAGUACUUUAUCUUGUGCCGGGGCUAACGUUACUCCGACAAACAGCAAUAAAAUUGUACAGUUAUGGACUAAGGGAAAUUAAAUAUCUUCUUAUUGGCUCUUAUCCUAGCUCUGUAUUGCUUGGUAAUGGGCAGUCCCUGAUGAUGACGACUGAUGCAGAGGUGGUGGAAAGUGCCCUGAAGGGGUCCUCAUCACAAAUGGUUAUUAUUAGUACCUAUCACUCAUCACAUAUUCUAUCAAAACUUUCGGGCUUUGACCUAACCGUGUUUGAUGAAUGUCAUCGCGUUUGUGGAAGUGCUUCAGUAACGAACUUUAACAGUGUUCUUUUCCAACCACGUUCUGGAAAACGCUUAUUUCUCACCGCGACUCCUGCCUAUGAUACACCUAUAAAAAUGGACAAUACACAUCUUUUUGGUGGAAUAGCAUACCGGUACUAUUUACGAGAAGGGAUUGACAAUGGAUACGUUAAUGCCUUCUCAUUACGAAUUAUUCUAGGAGAAAACAUGGAUGACAUGAAUCCGUACUUCUACGAAGCCAUGCGGAUUGUAGAUAAGAUGAUUGUCUACUGUCAAAGUAUUGAACACGCCAUACAACUUACAGCACGUUUACAGUGCCCUUUCCCAGGCGACGUUGUCCCAUUUAGUGUUAUGCUUGCGCAUUCAAGAAUGGGAGGCACAGCUGUUGCAAAUACUCUGCAUGAUUUUUCUGUCUCAAAGCGUUGUAUAUUAUUGAAUGUUCGCCUAUUUCAAGAGGGUGUGGAGAUACCUGACCUUAAUGCGGUUUUUUUUGCUGCGCCAAGAUACAGUUCCCGUGAUAUUAUUCAGAGUAUUUGCCGACCACUCAAUAGGAUGGAAAAUAAACCGAAAUCUUAUGUCUUUCUGCCAGCUACCAUCGAUAAUAAGUUACCCGAGGCUCAUCCCGUUAAUCUUAAGAAAUUUUCUACUCUGAUUCCCUUUACAGACGCGUUAAUGGACGAGGAUCCCAUUCUAUUUGAGUAUCUGAUAGAUCCUCAGAAAGUUUCUUACGACAUUGACGUGGUGGGUCUGAGAUCCCUUAAACUGUCUACUGAGCGAUUACGGAAGUUUGUUCUUCCCGCCAUCCGAAGAGGGGUCCGAUAUAGCAGUCAAAAAACCGAUAGACUACAUAGGGCUGCACGUAUACCGUGGAAAUCUGCCUUUGGUGAACUGAAGCGUAUUGUUUUGGAGUGUAACCGAUAUCCAAAAACGAACGAUGCCUGGGUAAUUGGUAAACAAUCAGUUUCUAUGGCUCUAUUUUACCGCUAUGUACGAAAGGGAUAUCGCCAGUACAUAAACAACGAGCACUCUUACCUGAAGUUGUACCAGAUUCGGGAUUUGGAGUCACUUCCGCUAUGGCGCAGUUAUGGUAUGCAGGGACCAUAUCCGUGGGAGGAGUCUCUCCGCACUCUUCGUGAUUACCUCAAGGCGCACGGGGCUGUGCCCCCACUUGAUGUGCACAAGGGAGGAUACAUUGGCUUAGAUGCCACACCAUUUGAGCGUCUCAGUGGAACGCUGAUGCACAUUAAUCAGUCCGAUGCACACGACAAAAUGCGUCUGGAUCCGGCGAAACAAAAGUUUAUAGAAGACCUAUGCAAGCCAUAUGGUUUUAAAUGGCGAAAGCGGCGUGAUGCAUCUGGGAAGGUGCUUCCUGGAGAGAAAACUUUUAUUACUGAGUCCUACGAGGAAUUUAAGAAAUUGUAUGAGGCUCGCCAUAGAAAUCGGUUUCAAGAAUUUCUGGACCAACACUUUCCUGGAUAUCCAGAGAAGCAUGAGAGGAUGGAGGAUCCACGAAACCUAAGGAACGGCUGUGUUCCUCCUCGACAUGUAUCGCGAGACGAGUGCAGCGAACCAUACACUGCUGGACGAGUGAUGUGUAGGGUGUGUCGAAGGCACAUUGCCGUGAAGGCAUGGGAUAGACAUUUAAAGAGCCAAUCGCAUCUCGCCAAGUUGGGAGAGGUAACAUUAUGA